AUGUCCUUUGACGCCGACACGUCAAGCUCUAGCCCUGGCGAGCAUGCUAUCUCUGGGCAAGGUCAGCAGGCGAAGACACAGCCAACCAUGGAAGUCGGUACUGAAGUUGCAGAGCCUGAGGGAUAUGCUCAAGAAGCUAUCCGUGAUUACCUAUUGGAGAGCGUCGAGGAGUUUCGCCGUCUCCAUGCGUUGAGAAGAAAGGGCUGGGACAGAACUGAAGGCGACGAUCAUUUCAAGAAGCAACGAGCAACCGCGGAUAACUGCAACGCAAACAGUACCCAGUUCUUCUACACUAUGAUGAAGACUAUCGCAAUGGAUCUCGACAAAGCAACCGGUGCUCUGAAACUGUCUAAGAUCGAACAGCCGGCUUUGCUGGACAUGUGUGUAGCCCCAGGCGGCUUCGUUGAUGUAGCCUUGACCAAGAACCCUGGUGUUCGCAUCAGAGCCAUGAGUUUACCUGUUGAACAAGGCGGACACGACGUCAAGAUGCUCGACGCAGGAUUAAAUGUGGAGUUUCGCGACAUCACAACGCUGGCAGCUGAUAUGGGUAUUACCAAAAACGAUGUUCCGUUGAACUUUCCAGGACCAUAUGACUUCCUAUUCGAAAAGGUCUUGGACGACAACGAGAAGUUUGAUCUCGUCUUCUGUGAUGGUCAAGUCCUGCGUACUCACCCCCGCGCAGAAUGGCGAGAGCCUCGAGAAGCUACUCGUCUAACUCUCACACAGACCGCCAUCGGUCUCGAACAUCUAAAUAAUGGAGGGACAAUGGUGAUUCUGAUGCACAAGCUUGACAGUUGGCGAAGCUUCGAUUUGAUCCAUCAAUUCAGCAAGAUGGCAGCCGUUAAACUGUUUAAGCACUACAGGCACCACAAGAUCAGAUCUUCAUUUUAUCUCGUCGCCAAGAAUAUUCAAGCUGACAGUGCUUUUGCUAAGGAGAUGGUUGCGAUGUGGAAGCAGAGAUACAAGAUUGCAACGUUUGGGACCGAUGAAGAGUACGCUGAGAUGCAUCGGGCAAUGAGGGAGACUGCGCUGGUAGAGCUAGAGAAGUUUGGGAAGAAGUAUGUUGCGAUGGGGAAGAAAAUAUGGAAGACUCAGGCUGAUGGGUUGGAGAAUGCGCCCUUUUUGAAGCAACACUCGAAGGGGCAGAGGAAGCGCAGGGCAAGGGACCGAGGUGACGAGUGA